GCCCGAUCGUUCCGUCUUAGCUGCAUGAACGAUUGAGUUUGCCAUUUGACCAGCAUAUAUAUUAUCAACACCAUUGCCAGUUAUUUUUCAUCUAUACCCAAUCGACUUACACCCGCCCACUCACAACGCUCAUACUCACUCACCCGCUCACUCAUACCCACAUCGACACACCAAAGCACCUAUACAACAGCCGCUGCAAUCAUGCCUAUCUUCAGUGGCCUUGGCCAGCGACGAGGGUCCAAACCCCGAGAACUGCACAUCCGAAAAAUCUCAUUUUCUGGCUGCUCGCUUUCUUCAGCUUCCGACCGAUCAUUCUCUUCAGACUCAUCAACAUCCACUAUCCGCGCGCAUUCGCCUCGCCUGGCGACCAGCACCGGCACUACUUCCAGCUUUGAUGGACUCUCCAUUCACUCUACUUUCCAACCUCCCAAGAGGCUGCACGACCGGCCAUUUAUCCUGUCUGAUCGGCAACACUUUGAGUCAGCGCCCACAUUUUACGACAGCGAAGAUGCCGAGAGCAGCGACCUUGAAGCCUCUGAGAGAGACUUUGAUGGUGAGGAUGAGGACCAGACACAGUUCACCAUGGAGCUACCUCAUGCAAGCCCUGUGAGCAGCCAUGACUAUGAGGCUGCAGAUGAGCCACAGGAUUACUUCUUCAUGCACAUCACAAGCAGACCGAAGCCAGCAAACCAGUCUCGCUGGUCUGAUUCUACCAUUGCAUCAACCAUCGCCUCACUGGAUGACCUCACUCCCGUGUCAAGCAUGUCCGAGCCUACUUCAGCGGCUAUUGCCGAUGCCGAAGAGGCUGAAGCUGCUGGCGCAUCUACCCCUAGCACCCUGGCCUCAUCCGCUUCCGUCCCCAAGAGGCCAACAUAUAAGCCUGUCGACAGCUUUGAGGACUACAUCAGGCGUGGGGGCUGGAAGCGAAGAGGUAUCGUCUUCAAUAGCGAAGACAUGGACUCUUUCGAAGCCCGAUGAUGCAUCGGCAUGAAAGCGCUCUACAACAUUACAACCACCAUCCCCUAUCAGUAUUUAUUUUCAGUUCGUGGCAUAUAUUUUUAUCAUUACAAGCGUUUUAACUCGAAAAUUCAGCGUCUGCACUUAAGCAUCCUAUGCACACAAAGACCUCGG